GGCGCCGAGAGAUUCAAACUAGUGGCGGGAGGCUGUGAGCUGAGCGGUGGGGUCCGCGUACGCCUGGAGGCCUUCCCCGCUGUGGUCAGCAUGGACCCUAUCCGGAGCUUCUGCGGGAAGCUGCGGUCUCUGGCCAGCACGCUGGACUGCGAGACGGCCCGGCUGCAGCGAGCGCUGGACGGAGAGGAAAGCGACUUUGAAGAUUAUCCAAUGAGAAUUUUAUAUGACCUUCAUUCAGAAGUUCAGACUCUAAAGGAUGAUGUUAAUAUUCUUCUUGAUAAAGCAAGAUUGGAAAAUCAAGAAGGCAUUGAUUUCAUAAAGGCAACAAAAGUACUAAUGGAAAAAAAUUCAAUGGAUAUUAUGAAAAUAAGAGAGUAUUUCCAGAAGUAUGGAUAUAGUCCACGUGUCAAGAAAAAUUCAGUACACGAGCAAGAAGCCAUUAACUCUGACCCAGAGUUGUCUAAUUGUGAAAAUUUUCAGAAGACUGAUGUGAAAGAUGAUCUGUCUGAUCCUGCGGUUACAAGCAGUUGUAUUUCUGAGAAGUCUCCACGUAGUCCACAACUUUCAGAUUUUGGUCUUGAGCGGUACAUGGUAUCCCAAGUUCUACCAAACCUUCCACAAGCAGUGAACAACUAUAAGGAAGAGCCCGUAAUUGUAACUCCACCUACCAAACAAUCAUUAGUAAAAGUACUAAAAACUCCAAAAUGUGCACUAAAAAUGGAUGAUUUUGAGUGUGUAACUCCUAAAUUAGAACACUUUGGUAUUUCUGAAUAUACUAUGUGUUUAAAUGAAGAUUACACAAUGGGACUUAAAAAUGUGAGGAAUAAUAAAAGUGAGGAGGCCAUAGAGACAGAAUCCAGGCUUAAUGAUAAUGUCUUUGCCACUCCCAGCCCCAUCAUCCAGCAGUUGGAAAAAAGUGAUGCCGAGUCUACCAACUCUCCUUUGGUACCUACAUUCUGUACUCCUGGUUUGAAAAUUCCAUCUACAAAGAACAGCAUAGCUUUGGUAUCCACAAAUUACCCAUUAUCAAAAACAAAUAGUUCAUCAAAUGAUUUGGAAGUUAAAGAUCGUACUUCGUUGGUUUUAAAUUCAGACACAUGCUUUGAGAAUUUAACAGAUCCCUCUUCACCUACGAUUUCUUCUUAUGAGAAUCUGCUCAGAACACCUACACCUCCAGAAGUAACUAAAAUUCCCGAAGAUAUUCUCCAGCUUUUAUCAAAAUACAACUCAAACCUAGCUACUCCAAUAGCGAUUAAAGCAGUGCCACCCAGUAAAAGGUUCCUUAAACAUGGACAGAACAUCCGAGAUGUCAGCAACAAAGAAAACUGGUAUGUUACCUUUGUAAAGAAAGUUCACGUGUUAUUUGAGGAGAACAUUUAAAAAUUAACAUUUGACCAUCCUGGCCAACAUGGUGAAACCUUGUCUCUACUAAAAAUACAAAAAUUAACCAGGUGUGGUGGUACACACCUGUAGUCCCAGCUACUCAGGAGGCUGAGGCAGGAGAAUCGCUUGAAUCUGGGAGGUGGAGGUUGCAGUGAGCCGAGAUCAUGCCACUGCACUCCAGCCUGGCAACAGAGCGAGACUCCAUCUCAAAAAAAGAAAAAAAAUUUGAAUAUUAGUAAAAAUUUUGUUUUUAAUUGACAUUUGCCAGCUUAAGUUAAUAGCCUGUGUCUAUCUUUUGAUACAGAACUUGUGAUCCCUGAAUCUCAGAUUCCCGAAUUAUCCAGUUUAAUGAUAUCAGUGGGAAUCUAUCCUCAAUUAUUUUAUAAGUGUAAAAUAUAUGGCCACAGUAUUGUGUCAUUUGUCUUAAUGGCUUUUAAUUUUAUUAAAUUGAUAUUUGUUAUUUGUAUCUGUUGCAGAAAUUCCAGUGGAUCUAUCCAUUACAGAAACUGAACAGAAUGAGGUGAAAGCCGAGCUGGACCGAUUUUACCAUUCACAUUCCCCUGCCUCUGUCCCCCUUUAAACAUUGACCCAUUUUAAAGACAAACAUGAACAUUAACAUCAUAACACGCUUUUUAUGAAGUUUCGAUAAGGUUUAACCUUAGUCUUGUUGACAUGUAGUCCAGUCAUUCACUCUUUAAGGAUUAUUAGUGUUUCAUUGAUACUAAAUUACCCAGCUUAAUUAACAGAAUGGUUUAAGUAGUACCAGGAUGUAGGACAAGUAAUUUUAAAAAUAUAAAGGUGUUUGCUACUCAGAUGAGGCCGCCCCUGACCUUCUGGCCAGGGAGACAUUGCUGCCAGCCAGCUCUUCCUUCCCGUCAUCUCCUUUCAGGACCGACCGUCCCACACCUUUUACUUCCUCAGUGCUGUCUGAAGAUGCAGUUGCUGUUUGCAAACCACAGGAACACCAGUUAAACUAAUUAGGAAAAGGGAGAUUUCCAGGCCUGGGUAACUAUAUACUGUGACCACUGGAGGUGGAGACAGGUCUCGACAGUUGGGACCAGGAACUCUGCUGUCAGGUUGUGAGUUUUUUUUUUUUUUUUUUUUUUUUUUGAGACGGAGUCUUGCUCUGUCUCCCAGGGUGGAGUGCAGUGGCGCAAUCUCGGCUCACUGCAAGCUCCGCCUCCCGGGUUCACGCCAUUCUCCUGCCUCAGCCUCUCCGAGUAGCUGGGACUACAGGCGCCCGCCACCACGCCCGACUAAUUUUUUUUGUAUUUUUAGUAGAGACGGGGUUUCACCGUGGUCUCGAUCUCCUGACCUCAUGAUCCGCCCGCCUCGGCCUCCCAAAGUGCUGGGAUUACAAGCAUGAGCCACCGCGCCCGGCCCCAAUGAGUUUUGUUUCUCUUUUCUCCCAGCUUUUCACUGUGUGGGGGUCUUUUCUCUCAUGUCAGCUCUUUCUGUCACAUGGCAGCUGAGCUCUCACGCUCCACUCUGCAGCUUGGACACCCAGUAGACCCCGAAUCACUCUCUCUGAAAGGUUCUGAGCGCUCAUCCUGGGCCAGGGGCCCUCCUGUGCGCUGUUAGCUAUGGCCACAGGAGCCUCCGGAGCUGCCUGGUAGCUUCAGGCUGACCUGCUUAUCAAGCCUACGAUCCUUCUGAUUUAAGUACAACUGAAAGUAUUAUCUAAUUAAGUUCAUGAUAGUGCUUUUGGAGAACUUGUCAAAUUACAGCCAAUGAGAAAAUAAGGACCUAGCAUACUGUGGAGAACCAUUAAAAAUUUGAGAAGAAACAACAAGUAUUAUGUCAACUUACUUCAAAGGCUUAGUUUUGGGAAUUUGAUGCAGUAAAGAUUACCCUGUUUUAUGAUUGUUCCUUGAAAGUCAAAUGGGGGACCUGUCCCUUGUGCUCUAUUAAUCUUGUCAGAAAACUGUCACCAAAACAAAACUUGACUUUGUCCUUGUUCUAGGAGUUACUGGGUAGUUGUAAGUAUAAUUUGUGUUAAAUAUAAUGUAAAAUAAAAUGUUAAGAUACUUAGUUUUUCAAAGUAAAGCUCUAGUCAGCCUUAUGUAUGCCAUUGACUCUGAAAUGUAUACCAGCCUUUCACUGUGUACCGUGUGUAUAUAAAUCCACAGAAGCGGAUGAGCUGCUUAGGGAGGGAAUGUAUUCAAAGUGUACCAAGGACCAAAUCCUGGAGUUCUCCCAACUUCACAGGAUGGAAAGGGGCAGAGUAAUGUAGCAAAGGAGACUGAGAAGAGGCCAGUGAAGUAGGAAGAAAGUAUUUCAAGGAGAGUGAUGAUUCUGUGAAUAUUGCUGAGAAUUCAAAUAAAAAGAGGACUGAGAAUUGA